CCAUUAUAGCCGUCUCUCCUCGUCCUCGUCCUCCUCUUUCCCUCGCCAUGAGCAGUCUUACGCUUCUCCUCCUCUUCCUCCGCUUUUCGACGAGCCCCUCGUACGCCUCCUCGCCAUUGCUGGCUCCCCCCAUCAACCAAACCAUCUACAACAUAACGAAGACGCUGUGCUGGGGAUGCUGGGCGGAGGCCGUCCAAUUCCUCUACGCCCACAACGUGGUUCGGGCUACCCACUGGGAGCUCCCCCUGGCCUGGGACCCAACCCUCGAGUCCUACGCCCGGUGGUGGGCCACCCAACGGAAGGCCGACUGCCGGCUGCAGCACUCGUUCCCCGACGGCGGCUUCGAGCUCGGCGAGAACAUCUUCUGGGGUUCCGGCUCGGGGUGGGGGCCUUUGGACGCGGUCCGUAAUUGGGCCGGGGAGGAGCGGGACUACUCGUACGCCGCCAACGCCUGCGCCCCGGGCCGGAUCUGCGGCCACUACACCCAAAUGGUUUGGAAGGACACACGUCGCCUCGGAUGCUCCCGCGUCGUCUGCGACGGUGGUGGUGUGUUCAUGACGUGUAAUUAUUAUCCACCUGGAAAUUACAUCGGAGAGAGGCCGUAUUAGUGAUGUAAAAAAGCACUUGGAAUCAUAAUGUUGAUGUAUGCGCCUAAUAAAUAUGGACAUGUGUCCGUGACUGGUUGACUUGCUCCGACAAUGACAGCGUGGCCCCUUGAUGGUUGUCCGCCACCUAACCGUCCAAUUAU